GCUCAGCAUGAGCCUGGGCUCAGGGGCUUUCAAGUCCACACAAGAGUCAUCUGAAAGGGCUUCCAUGGCUGCCACCAGUACUAGCUAUAUGCCGAGGGCAGCUUACUUCUUUCCUAGCCCCUGAGCUGUAUGGUCCAUCUCUCUGAAGCUGAAGACCAUCCCCUAGCCUCGGUUCAAGAAGGCCAGAAGCUUCAGGCCCAGUGGCUGUGGCCAGUCCUCAGGACACGUUCAUCCCUGAGGCCCAAUGGCAGCCUCCUGUGCCAAGAGCUGAUCACAGCACAGGGAGAUGACCGCCAGGGGAGACGCAUCUUUACUUUCAGCUGCUGCCGGUUGCCACCCUUGCACCAGCUCAACCACCAACGUCUGCUAGAGUAUCUGAAGUACACACUGGACCAGCAUGUGGAGAAUGACUACACUAUUGUCUACUUUCACUAUGGCCUCAGCAGCCAGAACAAACCAUCCCUCGGCUGGCUCCAGAAUGCCUACAAGGAGUUUGACCGGAAGUACAAGAAGAACCUGAAGGCACUGUAUGUUGUGCACCCCACCAGCCUCAUCAAAGCACUGUGGAACAUCUUCAAGCCCCUCAUCAGUCACAAGUUUGGGAAAAAAGUCACCUACUGCAGCAACCUGCGUGAGCUCCGAGAACACCUUCAGUGCGACCAGCUGCUCAUCCCCCCGGAAGUAGUGCGGUAUGACGAGAAGCUACAAAACCUACACAAAGGCCAGCCGCCCCCACCCACCAAGACACCACCACCACGGCCGCCUCUGCCCACCCAGCAGUUUGGCGUCAGCCUGCAAUACCUCAGAGACAAAAAUCAAGGUGAACUCAUUCCCCCUGUGUUGCGUUGGACAGUGACAUAUCUGAGAGAGAAAGGACUGCGUACUGAGGGCCUGUUCCGGAGAUCGGCCAGCGCCCAGACUGUCCGCCAGGUGCAGCGGCUGUAUGACCAAGGGAAGCCUGUGAAUUUUGAUGAUUACGGAGACAUGCACCUCCCAGCCGUGAUCCUGAAGACAUUUCUUCGAGAGCUGCCCCAGCCACUGCUGACCUUCCAAGCCUAUGAGCAAAUUCUUGGGAUCACCAGUGUGGAGAGCAGCCUGCGAGUGACCCAUUGCCGCCUGAUCCUGCGGAGCCUCCCAGAACACAACUAUGCAGUCCUCCGCUACCUCAUGGGCUUCCUGCAUGAGGUGUCUCUGGAGAGCAUUUCAAACAAGAUGAACAGCUCUAACCUGGCGUGUGUGUUUGGGCUGAACUUGAUCUGGCCAUCUCAGGGAGUGGCUUCCCUGAGCGCCUUGGUACCUCUGAACCUGUUCACAGAGCUGCUGAUAGAGUACUAUGACAAAAUCUUCAGUGCCCAGGAGGUCCCUGGGAAGCACACCCGGGAUACCGUGGAAAUGCAACCGGCUGGCCCUGUUACCAAAGAAUUCAUGCAGAUGGGAACUCCCCGAUCCUCACCAUACUUGUCCCGCCUCCGUAUCCCCCGACUAGCUGGAGACACUUCAAGAUGAAGAUUGGAGAUGCUCCCUUCCAAACUAGUCAUCUGUGUACUUGUUUGUCUUAUGAACUUACUGUCUUUAAGAAGACACAGGAAUUAAAUGAACCCAGAGCUUUCUA